UCUCUCAAUUUUUCUCUCGAGCUCCCUCCUCUCCCUUUGUCAUUCUAGCUGCCUGCUGCCUCCGCAGCGUCCGUCCUGCUCUCGCUGUGCUAACUGCCUGCGCCUUGGACAGACCCGGUGCGCAAAGCAAAAGGAUUAGUUGGGACCCGCCUUGGUGAAUCCUCAUGGCAUCCCCUAGAACCGUAACUAUCGUGGCCCUCUCUGUGGCCCUGGGACUCUUCUUUGUUUUCAUGGGGACCAUCAAAUUGACUCCCAGGCUCAGCAAGGAUGCCUACAGUGAGAUGAAACGCGCUUACAAAAGCUAUGUCCGAGCUCUCCCUCUGCUGAAGAAAAUGGGGAUCAAUUCCAUUCUCCUCCGAAAAAGCAUUGGUGCCCUUGAGGUGGCCUGUGGCAUCGUCAUGACCCUUGUGCCUGGGCGUCCCAAAGAUGUGGCCAACUUCUUCCUACUCUUGCUGGUGUUGGCUGUGCUCUUUUUCCACCAGCUGGUCGGUGAUCCUCUCAAACGCUAUGCCCAUGCUCUGGUGUUUGGAAUCCUGCUCACCUGUCGCCUGCUGAUUGCCCGCAAGCCUGAUGACCGGUCUUCUGAGAAAAAGCCCUUGCCUGUGAGUGCUGAGGAGCAACCUUCCUUAUAUGAGAAGGCCCCUCAGGGCAAAGUGAAGGUGUCAUAAGAAAGCAGAAGUGCAAAAGUGGACCUUUCAGGCACUUGCCUCCGUGACACCCAGGAAGAUGUCAGUGUGUGUUUUUCUUUUGUUUUAUUUAUCUCCGGGAAAGGAAAAAUAUAAUCUGCAAGACCCUAUUGGCUUGUGUACAUCUAUACCCUAAAAUGACCUCCCCACAUUGACAUUUGUGCACCACCUUUAAUCACUCUGGGGCAAUUCGCACAUCUUGCUGCAUGUACAUGUAUAUGGCUACUACUGAAGUGUAAUUGUGAGAUGGACUCCAGCAAGCAUGUGAUUGUGAGAUUAUAUGUGGGAAAAUGUAUUUAACUACUCUGUGUGUGCGCGCAUGUGUGCACUCACUCACGUGUGGAGAGAGCUCUGAUCUUGAACUAAUCCUGCACAAGUAUCCUUCUCUUUAUAGGUUGAUUCCAGCAAAGACAGAAUAAAGUAAAGCUCCUAUAAAGAGAAUCCUGUUACUUCUGGUAUGAAACAAGUGACCUAUUCCCACAGUGGGGGAAUUCCUCAACAGAUUAAGCUAAAAAACUCACCACUUUAGGAAAAAAAAAAUUAUGUCAACUUGAGAAGCUGAGUUAUAUAUAAAAUGAAUUAGCCUCUACCCUAAGAGUUGUUUAAAUUUUAAAUACUCCAUAUUGAGUUUAAUUCAAACAAGGGGUAUAUUCAGUCAGCAGAUAGUUUACUUCUUUAAGGGAAAAAAAUAGGAAGUUUCACUUUGCUUUUGUCGGAGUCCCGCCUACUAAGCUCCUUUACUCACAGUUUGAAACUAAAUAGUAAACUUGUCAUCUUUUUCAGAUUUUCUGAAGCCCAAAGCUGCCUUACUUCCACUAUUCUCAGAAGCCACCCAGGAUUUGGCAGCUGCUCCACUGUUGUGGUUGAGGGACCAGUUAUCAGUCCUGUUAUAAGUCUGUGAAUCUCAAAGUCUAGCUGUCCUCUGAAAUCAUCUGAAAUUUGACAAGCUGGAUCUAGUGUUUCCUUGCCAAAUAGAUUCACUUAUGCCUAUUGAUUGUUCACUGAACUCUGCUAGUGUAAGCAAAGUUCCAAAUCAUCUCCUGGAAUUGUCUCCUGUACACUUCUUUAUCAUUCCAGUGGGUGGAGUUUAGCUGGGGGAAGGACGUUUGGUAUGGGUUAGUUGGAUUGAGCAGUAUGAAAAUUUGCUUUCUUCAUUACAUACUGGUGUUUCUCCUUGUUAGAUGUGCUUUGAUGGUUUUAAUAUUAUUGUGCCAGGGAUGGGGAAAGGGGUGGGGGGUUGUGUGUGGGGAGAGUACUUGUUAUUGUAUUUUCUUCAGUGUCAUUGUUCUUGGUAAUUGAUAACUGUGUCUUAUUUCUCUCAUUCUUUCGAAAUAAAAAAUUUUUGAAAUUUGGAGGAAA